GGGUAUUGUAAUUUAAAUUUCCUAUAAUGGAUUUAGUAAACGAUAAUUUAGAUUUUGUAAAGUUAAUCAUCAAAGGACACGAUGAAAAUAUAACGCCUCACAAAAUAGCAGUCGUGGCAUUUAUACGGGAGUAUGGGCUUCUAAAAGUCGAAGAGAAACAAAAAAUUGAUUGUAUUGUUGCUCCUAAAUAUAGAAAAGAUUUCUGUAUUUUGGCAUUGAAAUUAAUUCAGUGUCCUGAUAUGGAAUUUAAAGAAUUAGAAACUCUUCUAACUGAUGGAAGGUACAAUUUGUUGAGCGUUCACCUGCAGAAUUUUUGUGUUCGACUACAAAAUAUUUAUGUUAAUGGCAUUAGCGCACUUAUGGAUUGUGUUACGUCCACCAUUGACAAAUUGAUGAUUGAACAGAAUGAAACUAAUCCAUGUGUUAUAACCAGAUACAGUGUUUUAGGAUUUUACUUGAGAAGAAUACUAUUGCACUUGGACAAACUCAGUUUUACACAAGUGGUAUCACUGUACAAAUCAUUUUGCUUGUAUUACCAAAGAGGUAGACCUGGUUUAAUGAUGAGAUCAUUGAGUAAAGAGAAACUCAACAACAUGGAACCCCAAGGUCCUACUUCAACAUCACCAGCAUUGUCUGAAGAAGCUAAACCUACUGAACUGUCUAUGAAAAUGAAUAUUAUUGACAGAGACAACAGUUUUGAAGAGUGUCAAUGGUCAAGAAAGCAAGCUGAAUUAUUUACGGCGCAACAGGCCAAUUUGCUCCAAAUCAACGAAAGAAAAGCAAUGCCACCUCGCCAGUUACAGAAAACUAUUUUGCAGAUCAUAAAUGAUAUACCAGAAUAUCCAGACAUUCACUUCCUUAGUUUUCUAAACUGUAUAAGAAUGAAGGAAUUCUGUGGAGCUCAAGCUUCUCUGUACAACUGUUUCGAUCGCUCGGUACUAAGCGUGUAUGGCGGUAGUAACUGUAACGACAGGAACAAGAAUUUUCGAUAUGCUGCUUUGAACCGCGCCGCCAUGCACACUCAAUUUGGGCAUAUGUCGGUAGCAAUGGAGGGAGUUCGCGAGGCGCUGGCUGCUGCGCAAGAGGCGGGCGACGGCGCGUGCUUAGCGCACGCGGCGGCGUGGGGCGCCUUAGCGGGCGGGCGCGCGCGGCGGGCGGCGCUGCUGGCCCGAGUGCCGCGCGCGCCGCGAGUGGCCGCCGCCGCCGCGCAACUGAUGGCCCAACACGCGGCCGUCAACGGCGCCAGGCCCUCCGAGGUCUUCCAGAUUGCUCGUCAUUCGCAGAUCAUCACUAAGGGGGAUUCGUUGAACUACUUGCAUUCCAUGACUGACUUAACUUUGGCGGGCUUGGCUAACACGGCGGCACUGUGGGCUCUGUAUGGGAAAACGGAGAUGGCGUCUGUGAGCUGCCAGCUGCUUCUCAAUUUGAAUACUAAGUGCAACGUGGGCAGCAGCAGCGUGUGGCACUGGACGGAGUCGAUGGCGACCGCGUGCGCCGGGCUCGUGGUGACGGCGGCGUGGCGGGGGGAGCCCGCGCUGGCCGCCGCGCUCGCCUCGCACCUGCAGCACCCGCGCCUGCUGGCCGUCGCCGCGCGCAACCACGCCGCCGCCGCGCUCAUGGCAGGAAAAUGGGAAGAAGCAGAACAAAGCAUCAGACAGUUGGCAUCAUCCGAUAGAUGGGAAAGUCAAUUACUGAAAGCCGAAAUGUAUUUCCUAAAAGGAGACUCGACUGAGGCGCUUGAAUCUCUUCACGACAUUUUAGAUUUCUGCAAGACAGAAGACGACAGCUUACACUACAUGUCUUUAAAACUGAAGGCUAUGAUUCUUAUGUCUCAAGUACAACAUUCAUUUAGCAAUAUCCAGUCAACUAAUAUCAUGUUAUUGAACGAGGCCGUGUCUUUGGCUAAGAAAUAUCAUUUGCACUAUUUGGGUGCGACAGCAGAAAUGCAUAUAGCCAACGUCCAGCUGAACAUGGGCUGCGCCAAGAAUGCGUUGCUGCUGAUAAGAAAAGUGCUGCCGGGGAUUAUGGCGCAUGGGAGCGCUUAUGACUGUGCCAGAGCGCUCCUGCUAUACACCAAGUGCCGGAUCGCAUCUGCGCCGGUGGCGGGCGAGGCGCGCGCGCUGGUGCUGCAGUCGUGCUGCGACGCGCUCGACACCGUCAAGAAGAACUUCGCCAGGGUCUGCGCGCACUCCCGCCUGCUGCAGACCUGGUACUUGCAGGCGCAACUGUACAACGACAUCGGCAACCAUGCUGCAAGAAACCAGUGUGCUUGGAUGUAUAGACAACUAGAAACACAGAACCCAGUAGAACCAUCGAAUACCUUAUUAAUAAUGUAUUGAUAUCAAUAAAUAGUUGUAAGAAGC